AUGGGCGACUUUGUCGGUUCCUUCGACGGACUAUCCUUAGUGCCGGCCACAACCGCCCUGCCAGACGCAAAGCCAUCGUUCCGCGCAAUGUACAUUAGGGUGCAUAAUCUUCUCAAGCCUCUCACGAAAGCUUUGACUUCGCAGUCGCACCUGCUUCUAUCCUCCCUGUUCCCUCCUCCAGUGCCGCCGCUUCGAUUGCAGUCUCAGGCUCUCCGCCUGCUUUCCUCGUUUCUUUCUCCAGAGGUACAGCCGCUGUCAUCAUGGCAAUCUCUACGCUCGUCACUGCGCCUGGCGAUCGACCGAUUCGAGGCGAAUCUACUGAGCGAGUUUGAAAUUGCAGACAGCAAGGCAGACGAGAAUGCUAUGCGCGAGGCUGCGGAGGCUAGCUGGAAUGUCUGGCAGGGUCACGGCGAGUGGGAACUGGGCAAAGUCUGGGCGGAAAAGCGUGAAAUAUUUUACGAGCAAGGUCGCUGGAAUCCCUUGGAUAACUUUACAGAAACCGGUGCCUUAGCGUUUGAUGCAAUGGAUAUUCUCAUGACGAACGUAUUGGAAGCCCUAAGGGACCACGGCGCGCGGGCCGUACGCGUCUUUCCACCCGAGUCGAACGUGCUGCUCUCGUUUGCUGACCGUAUUGCAGUCGAAGUAGUAUGUGAAUACAUUGCCCAGCUGUUAACGCGCGCACGGGAGAUUUCGAACGCGGUCUUCCUACAAGCGACCGCUGCUACGUUCAAGGAGGCAUGGCGGAUGGUUGAUACCGUGAUGCAAGUCGCAGAACAGCGCGCAGACUGCUUGGUCACAAGGACCAAGGCGGAAGAUGUCGUGUAUCGCAUGUUCGAGACGAACAUGGAUGAAUAUCUUGACGAGGAGGUAGAGUCAUUGAAGCAUAAUUUUGAUGUUAUCUGCCGGAGCUGGGAUAAACAGACGUCCCAGGCAUCCACGGUGCUUACGACUUCCCGCGAGGGCGCGCGUUUCCUUGGUUCCCAGAACCCGGCGCAAGUGAAACGGAACGUCCUUGCUUCCUUCACCGACGUCUUGCUUCUGCCUGUGACGAUAGUCCCGCGCACAGUUGGUGCCGUCGGUGCUGCCCUCCAGACGGGCGGCACCGCGGCCGCGCAGGGCAUCGCCAUGCUCAACCCCCAGCGUUGGGGCGGCAGCGGGGCGGUCGGAUCGGGCGGGUCGGGUAGAGACGGUUAUAGCCGCGACUUCCAGUUACAAGAUGGCGAUAAUGUCCUCUUCGAAUUCGCUUCGAUGUCUUCUCAGAAGACAACAACGACCGCGGUCACUUCUGUCAAGACACAUUCGGUUGGCACGUCCACAACGCAGUCUAAUGGCGCUCAGUCGGACAAAAUGGAGCUCUUGCUUUCGUUAGAUAUCGCUCUGGAACUUAUCCACGCUGAUCGUGAAGCGCUCAAGCGUGCUGAGACUUUCGCAGGGUAUCCAGGGCAUUACGGACAUCGCGUGCACGAUACCAUGGAGGAAAUAUUCAUACUGCUGCUCCAGACUAUGAGCGAGAAACAUCUCGUUCCUGGCUUCAACGCAGCAACCGAGCGUAUGCGAGCAUAUAAGCCCGCGGAACAUUCCGAGACGACGAGCGUCGCGCCGCUGAUGCAGUUCUUCGAGCUUGUGCAUGUUGGAGACACGAUACAGUCCAUGGUCCAGGUCUACUUUGACAAGGAGCUGGCACCCCGGAUAGACAAGACCGAUUUCCUGAACGGCGUUGUGCGAGAGAAGAAGCGAUUUGAGAACGCGCUCGACGACUCGGUAGCUGCGGGCCUCAACGCCGGGACGGAAGUGCUGAUGAACCAGGUCGAACAUAUUAUCCUUACCCUUACCCAGCCUCGCGAGUACUACCCUCCGGAUGACGCGCCUCCGCUGGAGCUCGGUCCCACGAAAGGAUGCCAAGAGGUUAUCAAGUGUCUGGAUAUGCAUUGUCAGCUGUUAAAGGGAAGUACGACGAAAGAUGUGCUGGAGGUGUUUUACCAGGAAGUCGGGUGGCGGUUGAUCGCGAUCUUGCAGAAGCACAUCAAACGACAGAUAAUAUCGCUAACGGGCGGCUUUCAGCUCAUUGCGGAUUUGAAUGCAUAUCACGCGUUCAUCGCGUCGCUCAAGGUUCCCAGUAUAACGGCUGAAUUCUCUCAUCUGAAAAUGCUCGGUCAUGUAUACGUCGUCGAUGACGCGAAGGACCUAGCGCAGAUUGUCAGGGACGUUACCAGGUACGGUGGUGCAUACAAGCCAGAGGACAUUUACGAGUUUAUCCAGCGGCGAGCUGACUGGAAGAAAAUCGAAAAGACGGUUGAUAAAACGAUGUACAACCUCAGCUUCAAGGAAGAUUGUAUUGUCUGUUAA